AUGCCCAUCGAAUCAAAGUAUCCAAAUGUCGAUCUCCAGGUCAAGCCGAUCUACGACUUCAUCUUCCACAACCCAGCUCAGGCUUGGCCCGACAGCAAAGUGAUCUUUCGAGACGCAGACAACCUUUUAACCAAUACACUCACCUUCGCACAAGUUCGCGAUGCAGCGAGCUCAUUCGGGCGGGCGCUGCAGUCACAAUUCCAGUUCGGCAAGUCGGAUACUUUGGCCAUAUUUGCGCCCAACGAUGUCGAGACACCGAUCGUCGUCUUCGGUACACUAUGGGCUGGAGGCGUUGUGAGCCCAGCGAACCCGGGCUACACCGUGGACGAAUUUGCAUACCAGCUCAGAGACAGUAAGGCAAAGGUCGUGGUUGCGCACGCUUCUGUGCUCGACACUGUUCGAGAGGCAUGCACGAAAGUUGGCAUCGAUGAGUCACACAUCCUAGUUCUUGGUAGCCAAAGGGAUGGCAAAGGCGGAGCAAAGCACUGGCAGGAGAUCAUCUCGGAUGCAAGCAAUCCAGGCGCGAAAGACACCAGGCCAAAGAUCGACCCCAAGGACGACCUGGCUUUCCUCGUGUACUCGUCGGGCACUACUGGCAAACCCAAAGGCGUCGAGCUCACGCACUUCAACAUGACAAGUAAUCUCCAGCAGAUCCAAGCCACUGAGGGUGGGAACAUGAGCUGGGAUGGCACGGCGAGUUGCCCUGGCAUUCCGGAUGCGCCUCGCGGCCGGGGCGAUGUCAUCCUGGCUUGUCUGCCGUUCUUUCACAUCUAUGGACUGAACGUGUUGAUCCAUCUUCCACUAUUCACAGGUAUCGAAACUUUGGUACUGACUCGGUUCGAGAUAGAGAAAUUCUGCCGGCUCAUCCAAGACCAGAAGGUCACAUUCUCAUAUAUCGUUCCACCAAUGGUCUUGCUUCUCUGCAAGCACCCAGCGGUGGAGAAAUACGACCUAAGCAGCUUGAGGAUGACCAACUCAGGCGCAGCACCUUUGACGAGAGAACUUGUUGAAGCUGUCUACAAACGCAAAGGUGUCCGUGUAAAGCAAGGGUAUGGACUGAGCGAGACAAGUCCUACCAUUUUCCAGCAGCGCUGGAUCGACUGGGACAAGAGUGUUGGCAGCACUGGUAGAAUGGUCCCAAAUCUGCUAUCAAAACUAUGCGAGGUCGGAUCUGAGGAGGGAAGCGAUGGCUCGAAGCCAAAGGAAGUUGGCCUUGGUGAGACAGGCGAGCUAUACGUCAAAGGUCCAAAUGUAUUUCGGAGAUAUCACAACAACGAGAAGGCAACGAGCGAGUGUGUAGAUGCAGAGGGAUGGUUCCGGACGGGAGAUGUCGGCCAUAUCGACAAGAACGGCGACCUGUGGAUCACUGACCGAGUCAAGGAACUGAUCAAGUACAAGGGCUUUCAGGUCCCGCCAGCUGAACUCGAAGGCUAUCUAGCGGACCACGAGCUCAUUGACGACGUUGCCGUUGUUGGCGUCGAGAGCAAGGAGCUUGGCACAGAAGUCCCGAGAGCGUAUGUUGUACGAAAAGGUGGGCCUGACGCUGUGCAGAAGGGUGAUGACGAGAAGAUCAUCAAGUGGUUGAAUGCGAAGGUGGCCAACCACAAGAAGCUCAGAGGAAGCGUCAGAUUCGUGGACGCCAUACCGAAGUCAGUCUCCGGGAAGAUUCUCAGACGUGUGCUCAAAGAGCAAGCGAAGAAGGAGUUCAAGGAGUUGGAAGAAGGCAACUUGAAGGCCAAGCUGUAA